UCUGGGCAUGCCAAGCCCCGUGCCCAACCUGGGGGGGCUCCCUGCGCCCGCCUGCAUCCCUCCCCGGCUGCGUUUCCUGCCCCGAGGACCAGGCCCAGCCUGCCCUGCUAGUCAACAGAACGCCUGUCUCCAUGGCAACGUGGCUCGGCCGGUCCAGGCUCCCGCAGGCCCCAGGUUCCAGUGCGGACCCCGUGCCUUGAAAGCUGGUUCCAAGUCCAGCUUUGCAGGUUCUAAGAAGGCGUUUGGUUCCCUUUGCCCUUCAGCAUCCUCUGUGUGGAUCAGCUGCUCUGCUCACCCCUGAUACGAGGAGUCUGCUGUCCAGACCAAGGCAGAACUUACAGGGAUGAUGGAGGCGGAACACAGAAGCUCCACUCGUGGAGAGCGAAGGAAGCGGCUGCGCCUGUCCUCAGAGCCCUUUGAAAAUACGAAGGAGGUGGGAGCGGAGGAGGAGAAGCAGAAUGAGGCACAGCCGGUACCCAAGGCUCAGCCAAGCAGGGCGUACCUGCACUGGAUCAAACUCCAGAAACGCCUCCGCCGCGCUCUGGACCUGAUGAAGAAGGAGGACUUGAAGCCCAUCUACCUGAGCCACGGCCUGCAGCACCUGAGUCGCUCAGCCUUGGGCAGCCCCGUGCGGUGCGUGACGCAUGAUGUGCACGGGAAACGCUUUGUGGUGCUCGACUCGGAGAACAAGCUGCACUCCUUGAAGGAGGAGGGCUCCUACAAGAGCUGCCUGAGGGCCCCUGCCCCCAUGGCGGGAAUCCUGCACACCUCCCUGGUCAACCAGUUUGUGGCUUGGGACGAGAGCGGCCUCCAGGUCCUGGACUCCGGCUUCCAGCUGCUCUCCCAGGUCCGCUCCGCCAUGCCCAUCCGAUGCGGGAUCUACAGCGAGAACCUGAACCGGAUCGUGACCGCGGGGGACGGGAACCUGACCAUCUGGGACUUCCGCUACGGCUGCCGGAGCCUGCAGUGCCGCGUCGUCCUGAGCGAGGGCCUGGGGCCCGGAGACGUCUUCUCCCACAUCGCCCUGGACACCAGCAGCUUGCAGCCCCAGCGCUGCUUCACCUCCAGCACGAUGGGCGCUGCUGCCUGGGAUAUCUCCAAUGGGAAACUCCUCUCUUUCAAGAAGGAGCUCCACAACAGGGUGAUCACAGACCUCACCUACUGCGAAGUGAUCGGCUGCGCCAUCACGGCCUCACGGGACACAACCAUCAAGGUCUGGGACAAGAACUGGCACAUUCAGAUGGUCUUUGUGGGCCACACGGGUCCGGUCGUCGCUGUGACCAUCUACCCUCAGAGGCCCCUCAUCUUCUCCGCCUCCCAGGACGGCACCAUCCGCACCUGGAACCUCAACACCAUUGACCAGGUGGACCAGGUCCAUUUGUCGGAGCCCGUGGAGACCCUGAAGGCCGUCACCCUUUCUCACGUCGUCUCCGUCUCCGGCUCGUCCCUGACCCUCUGGAAGAUCAACAAGCUCUACUCGCUGUACACGCCCGUGGGCUGCCGCGUCCGGCGCAUCAGCUGCGUCAACCUGGAGGCCCUGGGCAGCUUCCCUGUCCGCGCCCUCUGCGUCUGCCAGGACUCCACCGUGCGGAUGGUGGACGCUCAGAGCGGAGUCAUCAUCGCCAUACUCUUCCUGGACAGCCCCCGCCAGGGCCUGGACGUGGCGUACUGCCUGCCCCGGGAGACCCUCUUUGUGCUGAUGGAGGAUGGGGCCGUGCUGUGGGUCAACAGCGCCCAGGAGCCCAUGCAGGUCAAGAAGAGCCUUCCGGGCCACACCUGGGCGUCUGCCCCCUGCUGCCUCCUGGUCUACAGCCACGUGCUGGACCCGGAGAAGGCCUAUUCCCAGUGGCUGGAUGUGCUGGAUUGCAAAGGCUACAAGAAGCAGUGGCUGAAACACCCGGAUAAAAACAGGUUCCUGCUCAUUUUGGGGCACAAAACGGGCUUCCUGACGGUGGUGGAGUGGUUUCUGGCCCGAGACAGGUACAAGGUGGAGGCUCACGGCUCCCAAGCGGUCACAGCCUUGGCUGAAUACCCCACGCAGAUGUGUAUCAUUUCGGCAGGUGCCGACCGCACGGUGAAGAUGUGGCGCGUCUUCCCCUACACCACGGAGUGCCUGGUCCCGCUCCUGAGCUUCUCCUGCGCCUCCCCUGCCUUGCACCUCUGCUCCCUGGGGGAGACGCUGGCGGUGGCCUUCCAGGACCCCCAGACGGCCACCUAUAGCGUCGUCUACUACAACCUGAUGAAGCAGACGCGCUCCGAGCACAAACCCGAAGACGACGCCCAGGACGACAUCACAGGCCUCUGCUGCUGCCCCAACCUGAAGCUCUUCGCCUCGUCCAGCAGAGAUGGAUCCGUGAAGAUCUGGGACAUUGAGAACAAGCUGCUGCGGCACCUGAAGAUGAACAGCAUCCCAGAGAGCCUGGCCUUUGCCAACCACUGGGGAGACCUGCUGGUUGGGCUGGAGAAACACGUCUUCCUCAUCCACCACAACAAGUACCUGCCCAACUACUACAGGAUGAAGCUGCUGUGCGCCAGGUUCCUGGAGCCCCUCAAGGGCGUCCCUCUCCCCAUCAGCGAUUCCCACUUUGAGGCUCUGGUCAAGGAGAACGUCCGGCGGCUAAAGCAGGACCCGCCCUUGGAGGAGACCGAGUCCCCUGUGCCUGGAGCCCGCAGGAUGGCCUUGCAGGAGUCCAGAGUGCUCCGCGACAUCCACGCCAGGGCGGAGGGACUCUCCCAGAUGGCCGACAGGGACCAGGAUCUGGAGCUGGUCCAGAAGGGGAAAGUGAGUGUGACCAAGAAAUCGCGGCCCACCAAGGAAAUGAAGGAAGAGGCCUUUGAGAAAUACCUGCAGAUAUUCUACAAGCCACAACCCAAAAUUGAGAUCCCGGUGGAGGACACCUUCAAUGCCGAUGAGGUGCUGGAAGCCAUGUGCCGGGCGAAGUCCAUUUCGGAGCUCUAUGGGCCAGACGGCAUGUUCCUGGGGUCCUUCCCUCCCCCCAUUUCCCUGCAAGGUCCUGAGACAUUGGAGGACACCAGCCCCCCUGCAGCGGGGAGCCCACAGGCCGUCCUCUCAACAGCCCCGUCUGUGUCUGAAAUCAAAGAAGCUUUAACCCCGAUUCCUCCUCCAGUGAGAUUCCCACUUUUUGGAGUGAGGAGGACCAAGAGCGAGCAGUUAGGCCUGGCGCAAAAGGGAAAGAGACCCCCCAAGGAGAAGAGGAGGAGGCUGCCCCCUCCGGUGCCCCCGCCAGUGGUGAUAGCCCCUGAGGAGGUCCUGGAGCCCAGCUCUAGCCCCCCCUUGGACGAAGCGGAGAAAUCUCCCCCCAGCACAAGACGUCCUUCCCCCGGCCUCAUGCUCUCUGGCAUGGACACCAGGGGCAGCAAGGUCAAGAUCCGUCGGGCAACGUUGAAUAAAGACUUGGAUACAAUCAAAGAGUCCAAAAUGCGUCCUUCCGUCUCACCCCCUUCACAACUGUCCUCAACCCCCAGUUUCCCUGGGGAGCCCAUCAAGAGCGAGAAGAGUGUUGUCUUCAAGGAGUCUCCUUCGACAGACAAGAGCCAGGGGUCUCCUUCGUCACCAGACAAGAGUCAGGGGUCUCCUUCCUCGCUUGACAAGAGCCAGGGGUCUCCUUCGUCACCAGACAAGAGCCAGGGGUCUCCUUCCUCGCUUGACAAGAGCCAGGGGUCUCCUUCAUCACCAGGCAAGAUCCAGGGGUCUCCUUCGUCGCUUGACAAGAGCCAGGGCUCUCCUCUCUUGCCAGCCAGGAGCCGGACGUCGUCUCCAUCUUUCGCAGCCAAGAGCCAGGAGUCCCAUCCAUCUCUGCCAGUCGGGAGCCAGGAGCUGCCUCCCUCCUCGCCUGCCAGGAGCCAGGAGUCUUCGGCCAAGUCCCUGGGCUCCGUUUCCCGCAUGAAGAGCCAGACAUCUUCCGUCAUCAUCAAGGGCUUCUUUCCCGAGAGGCCGCCUUCCGGCAGCAAGGAAUACUUCAGACUGCAGGAGCUGGAGAGCCACCACGCCCCGCUGCCCAGGCUAUCGUCUGGCUUCAUCCCCAACUCGGUGGCCGCCCUGCAGUUUCACAGCCAGGAGAUGCUGGCGGAUGAGACAGAUGAGAGACUCGUGAGGGUGGUGGAGCCGGAGACAGAAAGAACGGUCCCAGUGUGGAAGGAGGACGAGGAGCCCAGGACACGGGUUUCUGAAGAGAUCAGCAUCAUCAAACCGAGUACAAAACAGACGGAUCUUCCUGAGAUCUUCCUGACGCAGCUGGAUGAAUCUCAAUACCCAGAGCCGAAGAAAGAGCCUCCCUUCUUUGUCUUGCCAUUCCUGGACAUGCUGUGGUUCCAAGAUCUCUUUCCUGAGGGCUUUCCGCCGGAGAUGACCUUGAACGAGUUCUUGACGAAGAUGAUGGCCUUCUUGGUUACCACCAGAGACUUUGGCCAAAAGGCAGAGCUGGUUGCAGCCAUUGCCAGCCUGAAGGACGAGAUGGGGGAUCGGAUGAAAGAGCUGGUCUGCAGCACCUUUAUCCAGGUGUUGAACAAGAGGGACGACCCUCCCUCCCUCCGGGAAAGGCGGCAUCGGAGGUUCAUCCUGGGCACCUUGCAGGCCCUCGUGAAGAUGGACAAGGACAACAAGGACCUGAUAGUGGAGCUCAUGACCUUUUACAUGCAGGCUUACACCCCAGACAAGGUCGUCAUUCACAAGCUGAUGCAGGAGGUGGGAAUCCAGGACCCCCACAGCUAUUUCACCAAGGAGCUGAGCUCCUGGCCGGUGGAGGCGAGCCACUCCAAAGAGACGAUGCGAGGAACCUGCGACCGCUGGCUGGAAGGGAAGAUGCAGGAGCUCAAGGAGCACAGAGCUCAGCUUUUGGCGCAGAAGGUUCCAUCCAGAAGGCAUUAUUCCUUUAAACCUUUCCAGAAGCAGAAGAGACGCUCCACCAUGGAGACGGCGAGCAAGAUGUCCUCUCCGGAAAGCUACCAAGAGGAGUGGAGCGGCUCUAGCGUGGACCAGGAGAGGCAGCUGGAGGGCAAAUAUUCCCCCGAGAGCUACAAAGAGGUGGGAAAAGACCUGAGCAAGAAGGAGAGGGCACAGAGGAGAUCCCUUGCGAAGGAGAAGAGGGCGAGGAAGGAGGCGAGUCCACAGGAGCCAGAGGGUGGUGACGUCACGGAGGAUGCAGAGCAGCCAGUGAUGGAGGAGUCAGGAAGCCUGGAGGCGGAGGCGGCUCAGUUUGGGAUACAGCCCGUCUGCCCCAUCGACGCCAUCCAUUACUUCGUCGAAAAGCAGCUGGAGAAGGAGCUGGAGGAGAUGAAGCAGCUGGUCUCUUCUUCGCUGAUCUCGCCCAAGGACACCGUCAUGGCCCUGCCUCCCAUUAAGAAGAAGCGUGCCAUCCUGCGGCUCGGAGAAACCAACGCCAUGUUGAGGAAGAGAAUACCCGAGCGCUUCUACUGCCCGUACAUCUUCCCGCGCUACCUCAUGAAGGGGUUUGCGCCCUUUGUGAAACUUCCCUUGCCGAGAAUCAACUUGGACCCCUUCCCACCCAUUCUGGCGAGGCCGGCAUCACCCAAGUCUUUCACCGCCAUGCAGCAGUUGGUGCGGAAGUAUUUCAUCCCCAAGUUUUCGUACGCCGACAACUACCCUUGAAGGCUUCAGGAGACGCCCGAAGUUCCAUCCGAGAGGUGAAAUUCCUUCUGGCUGGCAAUGGCUGGAGGGCUGGCCAGCGCCACGUCUCAUGGUGCCCCAACCAGGCAGAUGGCAGCGAUGGGAGGCCGCCCGCCUGCCCGCCCCAGAUGCAUCCAGACAAAAUGAAAAGUCAAUAAAAGCAAACUUAUGCCCAAGGUCACCCAAAA